AUGUUUCGUUACUCAUAGUAUCAGAGAUAUAAAAUUUCUUUGAAAUUUCUCUUCGUUCUUUCUUUUUUUUUUUUGUUAUUACUGCUAUUAUCAUUUAUCGUGACCACGUUUAUCGAAAAUAUCUCUAUCAUCUUAGAAGGAUGGAAGUGCUUAUCGACUGUUACUUCGACAGAUUGUUCUCCGAGUUGGAACGCAGUUGUUUAGCGUCGCGAUACAAACGGCGAGAACUCGUCGGAUAUUUUUCAGACGUCAUAAACAGUUGUGCGGAAGCGGAAAAACUGGACAAACAAGACGUCUGCGAGAGAAUAGUCCUAUCGGCUUUACGCUAUCACAACAUUACCAUGAUGGAAAAUGGCCAAGUAUGUUUAUUAGGAAAAUUCCAUAACGUUCUUUAUGUGGCAGCAAAGCUCUGCUUCGAUUGGAAGUUACGAAAUAACGAGAUAGUUACUCGUUUGUUGAACGACAUAUUCUAUUGUGAGAAGACAUUCGAAAGGAUUUUCGUGGGAGCUAUAUUUGGUACUAGGGUGACGCAUUUUCUAUCUGGUUGGAAAAGCGACUUCGAAGAUCGGGAGGAGAAUAUCAAAGCAUUGAUAUAUUUUAUGGAUCAUGCGAUUGAAGGCAAAUUGGAAUAUCGUUGCGCUUCUUCGACUAUAAAGUCUCGUUUUAUCGACGUUCCAAUGGAAUCUUAUGGUCAGGUGGUACCGUUAAGAGUCGCGAUUCAACACGGUGCACCCGAUAUACUUAUGAUAAUGCUAAGAUAUGGAGCUUCGAUAGAAUCGGACAAGUUGGCACCGUCGCCGAUCGAAAUUCUGCUGGCUAAAUUGAACGAGUACGAUAUUCAAUCAGCUGACGAAGAAAUAAUCUUUCCGAAAGAUUUACUCGUAUGUUUGAAAUUACUCUUAAGAACUAUACCUAUGGCAAGUGUAAAGACACCGAAUCAUAUAGCUGCUCAAAGCGGAGUAUUUAGCGUUUCUAUGUACGAACAUUAUCCUAAUCUGGUAGAGCGAAAUUUGGUGCCACCGGAAAGAAGUGGAUUAUGUCCACCGGAAUUAAUACAUCUCUGUCGUUGUAGUAUAAGAGAGAUAUUAUUUAAGAAUUGGGCUCUUCCCCAUGGCAUUCAAAGACUUCAGAUACCACAGACUUUGAGAAAUUAUCUGGACAUAAUGUGCGAUUGAUCGGAAUAGAUUUAGUGUUUAUUCUGUGUAACUAAGGGAAAGAAAAAGGAAAAGGGUCGGUGGUAACAUCGAUCACGGUAAAUGCUUAUUUGGCACGAGAAAGCAGAUGGAUAAUCGUUUCCAAAAGUAGGAGAAAUUCUCCUUAUCGCUUGAUUGGUGUUCAUUAAGAGACCGACGAAGACCGGCUUUCUACGAAAAAUAUCGAUGGUCCAUACGGUUCGAUAGUCAUUACGGUAAAAUUAUAAGGGGAACUAAAUCUUUCCAAUCCAUCCUGACGAUCGUCUCAAUACUUUGGACUAUUUUCUGGAUUAAAGCGUCGUAACUAAUGCAAUAUUGAGAGUUUUUCUCGAAUUACAGGAUUGUAUUUAUCUACUUUAAAUGUAUUCGAAGCGUGUUUCAAACAUUUGAGAAAAGUCUUUGGAUACGUAAUCGCGAUUAAAAAUUAAAUGACUUUGCUUGAUUUAAGCGAAUUAAAGAGAGAAAAGGGAUAUCUAUAAUCGCACAUAGCUAUCUAUCUACACAUGUGUAAUUUUUGUUUUCAUAAAAAAAUUUAACUCCAACAUGCUUGGAAAUAUUUUUCAACAUGGAAUUACACUAAUUAGGAACAGUUCGUAAUCAACUUUCCGUUAUGUAUCGGAAAAACUUUUCGCGUUUAUUACUCGAUGAUAGAAGGAGACAGAUCUAUGUUAAAGAAACUUACGUCAAACACACGGUUAACGUGUAAAUUACGAGAAAACUAUCCGUAAUAUUGGCGUAAGCGACGAUCUCGUAAAUCAUGGAGAACUCCCAGUGCUAUUAGACAUGAGGGAAACGGCUUCCCGAUAGUACGAGUCGAUCGAUAAUUGCACGUAAUAUUCUGACCUUACGGCACACGUGUAAUCCUUCCUCUGGAAAAUUCGUACGUAAAUACAGGUAAGUACUUACGUACCUAACACUAGCUGGGAAAAUUACGGUGAACGCAAAGGCGAGUAUCGAUGAAAGAGAGUUGAAGGGGGAAAAAAAAUAAGGAAAAAAAAGAAAGUGGACGAAAAAAGGAAAAAAAAUAAUUGCCUCUUACCUCGGUGCGAAAUGCGCAGCGCGAUUUAAUCGCUCGUUUCGUUCUCUGCCGUUUGCCUUCGAGUUCUCUAUAGUUCGCAUAUCGUUUAUGUGUGUAUGUAUGUGUAUCUAUCUGCGACCAUUUUAAAAGUCGAUCGUAUAACUUUCGAUGGAAGUCGAAGCCUUUUACUUUGCUCCUACGUAGAUUGCAGAUAAAAUGCGAUUUCCAACUAGGCGAACUUCAAAUGAAAUUCGAAAUUCAUGUUACUUAAAAUACAAAGUUUUCGUCAAAAAGCAAAGACUUUUCGAAAAAGGGAUCAACUUGACUUUACAAAUGGAGAUAUACCGAAACAGGAAAACCUCUCGAACGAAUGUCUUUCGAAAUCUUUCCUUUGUCGAACGAAAUCGACAUUGAUUCGAAGAGAAUUUCUAUCGCAUCUUGCUUAAUACGUUCUUGACGAGUUCUCUAAUGAAUUUCGCUGAAUCAACGAUUAAUCCAAGCAAUUGAUUUUUAAUCGUUCAGCCUGCGACAUUAGAUACUCUAAUCUAUUAUUGUUUUUCCUGUUGAAUGCAACUCUUUCGAAGUGGGUGGUCACGAUCGUAACAAAGCAUUUUUCGACUAAUAAACGUCACUACUACUCUCGCUAUUAUUCGAUCAUUGUAUCGUACUAAUACUUGUAAGAAAUUUCUAUGGAAAAGACAAUAAAUCUAAUCCUUUUAUACAACAAAUAA